GUGCGCUUACUCGCGCAUGUGCAAGCCUUCCCUCGCUUUCCUCUUCCAAGUAGCCUUGCCUAGAGCGGAGCCUCCCGCGCCAUUUCUGUGCGCCUGCGUAGCGUGACCCUGCGCAGCCUGGGAGGCGGGUCUUAGCUCCAGGUGCGUACGGCAUCUGACUUGACGUGGCCCACAGCUGAAAGGUCUAGGGAGAGGGCGCCGCGUCCAGGUGUGGAGAGGGGCGGCGUGGAAGAGAGAAGAGUGGCCCGUCCCUCUCUUCCCCCUUUCCCUCUUUCGGAAAGUGGUUUCUGCGGGGCCCGGGAGCCUCGGAGUACCGAACCUCGAUCUCCGGGGCGGGGUCCUUGGUGGGGACUGAGCGCCCCCUCCCGGGGACGGGCGGUCUGGCCGCGGAGUCUCCUGCGGGAGGGUGAUUGGCUGGAAACGGUCCCGAACCCCCAGGGGAGCCCGAUCCCUGGGGGACCCUGGCUUCGGACUCCAGCAUCUGUCGUCACAGGGUCCCUGCCCUAGUGGCCUAUGUCCCUUGCUCGGGGCCAUGGAGACACUGCGGCCAGUACGGCGGCGCCUCUGUCUGAAGAAGGGGAAGUGACCUCCGGCCUCCAGGCUCUGGCCGUGGAGGAUACCGGAGGCCCCUCUGCCUCGGCCGGUAAGGCCGAGGACGAGGGGGAAGGAGGCCGAGAGGAGACCGAGCGUGAGGGGUCCGGGGGCGAGGAGGCGCAGGGAGAAGUCCCCAGCGCGGGGGGAGAAGAGCCUGCCGAGGAGGACUCCGAGGACUGGUGCGUGCCCUGCAGCGACGAGGAGGUGGAGCUGCCUGCGGAUGGGCAGCCCUGGAUGCCCCCGCCCUCCGAAAUCCAGCGGCUCUAUGAACUGCUGGCUGCCCACGGUACUCUGGAGCUGCAAGCCGAGAUCCUGCCCCGCCGGCCUCCCACGCCGGAGGCCCAGAGCGAAGAGGAGAGAUCCGAUGAGGAGCCGGAGGCCAAAGAAGAGGAAGAGGAAAAACCACACAUGCCCACGGAAUUUGAUUUUGAUGAUGAGCCAGUGACACCAAAGGACUCCCUGAUUGACCGGAGACGCACCCCAGGAAGCUCAGCCCGGAGCCAGAAACGGGAGGCCCGCCUGGACAAGGUGCUGUCGGACAUGAAGAGACACAAGAAGCUGGAGGAGCAGAUCCUUCGUACCGGGAGGGACCUCUUCAGCCUGGACUCGGAGGACCCCAGCCCCGCCAGCCCCCCACUCCGAUCCUCCGGGAGUAGUCUCUUCCCUCGGCAGCGGAAAUACUGACUCCCACUGCUCCUGCCUCUAGGG